UAGUAACAGUUCCAGAAUUUGAUCCUUAUAAUCGGUGUUGUUCCGGUCCGACAAUCGAUGCAUGAUGCUUCGAGCAUAGUUAAAGAUCAAAGGUGUCUAAGUAUGCGGCAUUUUCUGAUGUUCGCUGCCCUAUUUUAUGGGUUGGAACUGCAGUGUGUGGCCUUUUCUUUCUCUAAUCUGCACUCCCUGUUCGACAAAUUGAUUGAAAAAGGAACCCAGGUACUUCAAUCGAUUACCAACACCACGUCAGGGACGAAGAGCGAAAUCGUAGUGAUGGAUAUUUUAAUUCAGCUGUGCCAAAAAGAACUGGCGAAUAGAAAAAUAGAAGCUGGUCAGAACACAAACAGUAACAAUAACAACAACAUAAACAACAUAGAGAACAUUAUUCAAAGCCCAACAGUCCAACAGCCGCCCAUUACCAUUAUCAUAAGGAACGGUAAUACCGAUUCUCGGCUUAAGCCGCUGCCCCCCCACAAGAGAAGAGGGAAAAUGCAUAUUUUAAGGAGAAAAUAUAGAUGGCAGAGAGAAUACCGGAUUGUUAUCGAGAACGAGAACUCUUCCGAGCCACGACGUCGGGCUAAUUACCAAAGCAAGCGUCUAUUGGGACGCACGGAGAAUGAUAACGACAAGGUUCAUGAAACUGUAGAUUCCAGUGUAGAGGACUGUGUACGUACCAAGCUCGACGAACUGGAAAACAACUGAUCUCUAGGACAAUAAAUUUUCAAUUAAAUCAAAAA